UCCCAAAAGUUGUCAUUCAAUUUGCACCUAAAAGUGAAAUGGGAAUAUUAAUUACUAAUAAGUUUCCUAAUUAUGACAUGAUUAUUCCACAUUAAGCAUUUUUCUGUAGUAAAAUGUGGGAUUAGCCUCCCUGCUAUUGAUAUACGACUUAACGGAGUUUAUUUAAGCCGUCAUUACACGCGUCUUUCUAAGCAACACAUAGGAAAAGGAGAUGCAAAUGUGUAUAUAUACAUCAGGUGCCCUACAACCAUUAUAUUAUAUCGAAUAGAUUUUAGCAUUCGUUUUGUUGGUCCUAUUUAUAUAUCAAAAGAAUACUUGAUGAUGGCGGCACAUAACAUACAUGUGUUGGAAGAAGGAAACACCAGCUCACAUACUGAAACAACAAACUCUACUACUAUUCGUUUCACCAGGGUCAUAAGGGAUGUUGUGUCUCUCUGCAAGCUCCGGCGGAUUGUGAUCGCCUUUCUACUCGCUUUACUUACUUUUCCGGUGGAGGAUGAACUUCAGUUCGACUUGGAAAUACUUUUGACUGCUCGGAACAGGAAUUUCCAGAAGAAAAUCCAUCCUUGUGAAUCGAGAUGUUUGCUUCUGAAGUUCUCACACGAGAUUAUUGCCCCGGUGGUAUUUACUGGAAAUUGUAUCUUUCCCGACGGAACCAAAUUGGAAUUGGUUGAUGCUGCUACAAGACAACAAGUGAGACAUGAGCCUCUAGCCUCAGCACAAGUUGAAAUUUUUCUACUUAAUGGCGACGAAAGUUGGCCAAUUGAAGAACUAAACAGUCAUAUUAUGUUGCCAAAGAGAAGUGGAAAAUCAAGGCGCGACCAAAAUCCUUGUCUGAGUUUGGAAGAAGGCGUUGUUUCUGUUGACGGAAUUAAAUUCAAACACACUCCAAAGCAUAUGAAGAAGUUGGAGAUGGUAAAGCUAGGAGCAAGGAUUGUCGAUCAAUCAGAAGAAGUUAUAGUGAAUGAGGCCGUGACAGGACACUUCACUGUCAAGGAUAAACGUUUAUUAAGAAACGAGAAGCGGUACCCACCAUUACCAACUGAUGAUGUAUGGAGACUAGAGCAGAUUUACAGAAAGGGUGCAUUCCAUGAUCGAUUGACUAAAAAUGGGAUUAAAACAGUGGAGGAUUUCUUAAUUGAACUCCAAAACAAUCCUCAGAGUCUACGCCAGAUCCUUGGCAAAAGCAUGUCUGAGAAUUAUUGGAAAAGAGCUAUAACGCAUGCUAAGACUUGCAAUCUUGGUGGAAGAAAAUACGUGUACUAUCAUCCAGAGACUGAACAAAAAAUUGCAGUGGUGUUUAAUGCUGCUGGUCAGGUGAUGUCGUUGGACUCAGGGAGCGGUUUAGAUUAUUUCGACAUGCUUUCUGAAACUCAGAAGGUGUAUGCACGCAAGUUAGUCAAAACUGCAUUCGCAAACUGGGAAAAUGUCCAAAAAUUUGAUAACGAGAUCUCUAUCACGGAUCACUUAUCUCCUUCUCCCAAGCUAGGAGACAUGAGCAGAUGUCACUUGGGAAAUUUGGUCACUGUUAAUGAACACCAUUCUUUAGAGUUUCGAAAUGCUUCAAAGUCACAUUUGAUUCAGGGAACAGCUGAAAGUAACCAGCGGGUAGACAUUGCUGAAUGUUCUACUUCUUAUGAAUAUGCUGACCAGCACGCGGAGUCGGAUGCAAUGUCACUUGCUAUUACUUCUCCUGGCCAUUCAGGUUUAGGUACUUGGGGUUGUCUAGGAUCCCCCAGCGAUAUCACAUCUGUGAAUUGGGAGGAACUUAUGCAGCAUCUUAAUUCUGAUGCAAUUCAAUUUGUGGAUUUCCCAUCCAGGGAGCCUGGCCAAGUCAUCAACUCUGCUGCUGAAACCAGUGCCACACAGUUUCAUGUAUUGCAACAUGGCGAGACGAUGGAUCUUUCCUCGCAAAACCAAUUCACACACUUAAUGGAUUCUGAAAAUGUUCAAUCCAUCAUCAUUGAAGAUGGCACAAGUGCUAAUCAAAUGAACAACGUUUUGAUGGUUCCAGUGACCUCUACGUGCAAUCGCAAGUCGAAGAAGAACUGGACCAUGAUAUCUAGCAUACUGAAAUGGUUAUUACUGAAGAGGUUUCUUGAACUUAAAAAGGUCCGUAUGAGCAAGAAGAGGAAAUUAAUACAUAAGCCAGAGGGAAAACACGCACCGUUGGCUUUGGUGGAGAUCGAUCAGCAGUCAUCGGAGUUCUACACCGUGUGAUACUAUGUGGAUUAAUAAUCUUAGUUCAUCCUUGAAAUUGUGUGCUGUGUUAUUUUUAUGAAUUUUUCGAGUUCAUGCUUCGACAUCAACUGUUUGACGAAUUUGAAAAUAUAAAAGGUGAAUAUGGGCCCGUUCACAUGA